CCUAUAUAUAUUAUUUAUUAUUCAACCUUGCGUUCUCAUUCCAUUUCAAGUUCGCAUCGGUCUCAGGUCAAAAGAAAAGCAAAAUGUUCAAAUUUUUCUCAUCCAGUGCUAAACUUUUUGCUCUAACCAUACUUCUCGCUUGUCCGUCGGUAUUUGCGUACGGCAACCGCCCAACAGAUUUCCAAGGUGGAGGUGGUGGAGUGAAAAACAGUUCCCCUCUGAAACACAAAACUUACACCGCAGUCAAUUAUUGGCAAAAAUUAUCCCCUCAUCAACUGAAUGAAGCCCGAACUCCAUCCAGCUCUAAUUUGUGUUUCGAGCCGUCCUACAACUCUGGCCUUUUCACCGACUGCAAACCAUUCCAAAGCCAAAAUUUCCCAUCCAAAGAGUCCGUUUGCUAUUGCUCGCAAUGCAACAAAAUUUCUGUCAAAUUCGUCUGCUACGAGGCAAACUGGUACGUCCAUCCGGACAUUUACGACUUUCCCUGCGACAACUGUAACGCUCAAUGCCCUACGCAGAGCAAUCCCAAAUUCAAGUGCGAAGAGACGAAAAGUGGCGAAAUCGGCGAAACUCGAAGCUGCGUUUGUUUGGACGACUGCAGACCCUACGACCUGGAAUGUUCCUCAGGUGGGCAGUGGAUUCAGUUAACAAACCUAGACGACCACGGCAAAAAUAUUAGCUGCUAUUCUCAGAGAAAAACUGUCACUGAAGGCGACCGGGAAAUGGAAUACCACGACGGCUUGAUAAGUGUGCGGUGCAAGCCUGGAUUUUACGUCAAGGGCCCGAGUGUGGUCUCAUGUCAAAAUGGACAAAUCAACUCGACCUUGCCUGAAUGUGUCAGAAACAAUAAUAACGUAUUUGGAAGCGGCGUAGACCAAUCAAUUAUAUUUGAUAACAACAACAACAACCCUUUUCGACCUGGCUUUGAUCCAAACAACCCUGACUGGAACAACAACAAUAACAACCCUAACUGGAAUAACAACAAUAAUAACUGGAAUAAUAACAAUAACAACCCUGGCUUUAACCCUAACCGAAAUCCAUCGCCAGGCAACAACCCAAACUUGGGUACAGGCGACAUUUUGGAGCCGGAUUCAAGAUUUACCACUCCCCGGAAUCAGCCCUUUGGAUCCACCCUGCUGCACCUUCCCAAUAACAACAAUAAAAACGUCAAACCGACCUCUGCCUCGGUGACCAGCACCAAACCCGUCAACCGCGGCUUCGACUACAUGUACAUCUUGUACGCCCUCCUGGUCAUCCUGGCACUCCUCGGGCUGUUGCUACUUGUUGUGUGUUUGAAAAGGUGCCAUCGACCGGAAGUUGAAAAACUCGAAUCCGGAGUUGCGGCCGAGGACGGAGCCACCAAAGCUGGCGCCAAGGGCGUUUACGCGGCGAAGAAGUAGAAAAUUUUCAUCAAAUUUUAAAAUAGAGAAUAUGUAGCCAUUUAUUAAAGUCAUGCAAGAAGCGUUAUUUAUUUAUUUAUUUUAAUAUAUUUCAAUUGUUAAAUUGAUCAAUUUAUUAUUUGCUUUAAAUAUAUUAUAUUUGUGUAAAGUAAAACAAUACAAAAAAUAUAUUUUUGUGGUUCUUUUUUAAUCAAAUUCGUGUAGUGCAGUUUGUAUUUUUAAUAAAAAUUAAUGAACCUUAAUUGAAGUAUAAAAUUAUGUAUAUCG